AUGAUGGGGGCAGCUGGAUGGGGGGGUGACACCCACCUCCCUGCCUGCAAGCAGAGGGCUGCCAUCGACAGGGAGUAUGGGCAGGCGCUGCAGCGUCUGGCUGCCCAGUUUGUGAAGAGGGACUGGCAGCGGGGCCGCGGCGAGGCCAGCGACUCCAGUCAGACGGGAGUGGAGCCCUGCCGGGCCACGCAGGAAUGGUUCCAGGGCAUUGCUGAGGCAUCUGGGCGGGUCUCCCGGGAGCAGGACCUCUUCCUCUUCCUGCAGGACCACCCUGCCUUUGCCCUGGCCCUCCAGCAGCACCUCCAUCUCGCUGGGAUGGAGGAGGUGUGCCUGCUGCCCCCCGGGGACGACGGGGCCAGCCUGGAGAAGGAGGCACGGCGCUGGGCCACGCGCCUGGCCCGGGACCGCAAGCACAGGGCACACUGCGAGGAGGUGCUGCAGAGGCUCGAGGAGCGGGCCCGGGAGGCAGAGGUGGCUGCCGUGGAGAGGCAGGUGGAAGAAGCGAGGGAAAACAUCCGGAAGGUGGAGGUCAGCCGGGUGAAGGCAGAGGCACGGCUGGCUCUGCUGCGAGAAGCAGGGCUGGAUGUGGAGGCCUGGCUGGCAGGGGCCAUGGUGGGGGCAGGUGAGGAGACACCCCCCGGGCUGGAUCCAGCUGAGUUUGAUGACUACGAGGACAGUGACGAGACAGAUGAGGACAAUGGGCCCGGCCCUGCUGCCCGCACCUACCCCUACACCUGCCGGGUGAUCUUCGGUUACCAGGGCUGCCAGGCAGAUGAGCUGUCCAUCACCCAGGGAGAGGAGCUGGAGGUCAUCGAGGAGGGUGACGCAGAGGAAUGGGUGAAGGCUCGGAACAAGGCGGGCCAGGUUGGCUACGUCCCUGAAAAGUACCUGCUGUCCCUGGGUGGCGAGCAGGGGGCAGGGGCUGGUCCCCUGGGACCCUCUGCCCUGCACCGCCAGCUUUCCAGCAUCAUGGCUGCAGAGCUGGUGCUGGAGCCCGGAGCCUGGCUGGUGCGAGCCCUGUACGACUACGAGGGGCAGAGCCCCGAGGAGCUGAGUUUCCCCGAGGGGGCCAUCAUCAGGGUCCUGCCCCGCGCCCCCGGGGAGGUGGACGAUGGUUUCUGGACGGGCGACUUCGACGGCCGCGUUGGUGUCUUCCCCUCCCUGGUGGUGGAGGAGCUCACCGGGGCUCGUGGGGAGGCCGGGCAGGAGCUGCCCUCACCUUCCCCACCGCCCUUCUCCCCUCCCGGCCUCGCACCUGGGGGGGCCAGCGUGGCCCCCAGUUCCUCUCCUGAAAUGCCACGUGGAGACUCCCAGCUGCAGAGCUGCUCCUGGCGCAUCUAA